AUGGCUGAAGGAAAUGUAAAUCGGAAAACAUCGCUUAAAAUUAAUAAUACCCGCAUUGCUGGUUUAUAUGAUUUAAAACAAACUAUUGGAAGAGGACAUUAUGCAGUUGUGAAACUUGCCAGUCAUGUUUUCACUGGAGAAAAUGUGGCUGUGAAAGUGAUCGAUAAAAAUAAAAUGGAGCCAAAAAUGCAUUCAAGUCUCAUGCAAGAGGUGCGUUGCAUGAAACUGGUCCAACAUCCAAAUAUAGUACGUCUUUAUGAAGUAAUUGAUACAAAUACCAAAUUAUUUUUAAUUCUUGAACUUGGUGAUUAUGAUAUGUAUGAAUUUAUUAUGAAAAAUCCCGAUAAGGGAUGUCCUGAGUCGGUUGCCCAACAAUAUUUCUGCCAAAUAAUAAAAGCAAUUGAUUAUUGUCAUAAAUUACAUGUUGUUCAUCGCGAUCUUAAGCCCGAGAACGUUGUUUUUUUUAAAAAGCUAGGAAUGGUGAAGUUAACGGAUUUUGGGUUCAGUAAUCAGUUUACUCCUGGUGAGCAAUUGGCUACUUCAUGUGGGAGUUUAGCAUAUUCUGCACCUGAAAUUUUACUUGGUGAUGCAUAUGAUGCGCCAGCUGUUGAUGUUUGGUCCUUAGGAGUUAUUUUGUAUAUGUUAUUAUGCGGACGAUUGCCUUUUCAAGAAACAAAUGAUUCAGAAACUUUAACAAAAAUACUUGAUUGUAAAUAUGUUUUACCUGAUACAUUAUCAAACAGUGCGCGUCACUUAAUCUUUCGUAUGCUGGUGAAAGAUGUCAAUAAACGAGCAACUUUAGAAGAAAUAAUGGAAAAUCCAUGGGUUAAAGCUGGCGAAAGAGGUUUAGAUGAAGUGUUGCCUUUGGUUGGACGUAAUGCUCUCUCGGAAAGUGCACAUUCCAUGAUCAUUGAGCAGAUGGUUGCUGGUGGUGUGGCUACAGAAGAACGAAUAUUCAGGUUUAGAGACAAUGAAUAUUCGUACAUAUCUGCAACUUAUUAUCUCUUGGCCGAGAAAGUCUUGGCUGCGCAGCGCGAAGCAAGGGCUCAAGAAAUAUUAAGUGCGGAAAGACCACCUUAUAACGAUCCCAUGGAUAAGAGAACGGAUGCAAGGUUAAUUAUCUAUCUCGCAGUUUAUCAAAGUGAUGAAAUUUAUAGAAACUCAUCACCAUCUGUGUCGAUGGUUGCUGCACCAAGUGAAUCGUCCGAGAAAAUUUCACGUCAAGCAAUACAAGAAUUGCUUGACUUUUCACGUUUGAAUAUAGCUGGCAUUCAUCACCGCGCUGCUUCGCCUGAUAGUCGCAUAAGUAGUCGAAGUUCUAGUCCACAUAGUUCGAGUGGCCGUACUAGUCCAGCCGUUAUUCUUAGAUGUAAUACAUUUGAUCUCAAUACAUACGUAUCUAAGGACGGUUGUGUAUUAUCAACUCCUUUAACAUACAGUAAAGUUCGUAUGAUUCGUCCUCGUCAAGCAAUUGUUUCACCAGAUAUGGCACGUCGAUAUGAAAUCCGUAAUUCUCAUAACUAUUCUAAUCGCACAAGGCGUAGUACAAGCUGCUCAUCAAGUGAAACGUCUGAUGAAGAUAUCACUGAAAGACGCUUAAGCAUAAUUGUGUCGAAAAUUUGUAAACGUAGAGGUGAUGAUCAUGACAACGAUGAUGAUAAUUCAAGAGGUUACUUCAUUUACUUCAUUUAA